CUUUCCUGCCUAUAUGAUCAUGACAGAUUUGAAUUUUCUAUUUUAUGCUCUCGCUGGCUAUGGGUUUAAGGGCAGCUGAAUAAAGUCAUGGGAUCACACGAGAGUAAUAAAGCAGACAGUACCCCAGUUGUCAUCGCCCUCCUCUUCAUAUGGAUCAUACUUGUUUUGGCUUUUUUGUACUUUUAUAAAAAACUUAACACGGACACGAAUGGACAAUACACCGUCCAGCGCAUAGUCUUCGCCCCUGGCGGCCUACGGGAUCGAUUGAGACAAGGAGUCGGGGCUGUGGAAAACAGACUCGGUGUCCACAUUUGGCCCCAACAGCGUGAUGACGAGGAGACCAUAGGAGGUCCUGACAAAGAGGAUGAGGGGGGUGAAGGUCAGGACAAACAGAAUGACAGUUACACGGAGGAGGGAGAGCAACAGGAACAUGAUGAUGACAGGGAUGAUUCUUCAGAUGACUACUCCAGCGUUGACCUGAGGGAGAGGGCAAAGAUGCAGGUGGAAAAGAAAGAAGAUGAUAAAGCUGAGGAAGACAAGGAGAAAUUGAAGGAGGAGGAAGCAGCAGCGGCAGGAAAGGAGGAGAAAAGUGAAGAAGUGAAGAAUGCAGAGAAAGUGGAAUUGCUUGUUGAUCUGAAGCCAUUUACAGGUAGUGCAAUUUGGUCUGAGGAGAACAAAGAUGGAAAUGACUUGACUGCUUUGUGAAAAGCACAGAGACAUUGCUUUUGAAUUUAAUAGACGGGAAAUAAGGUGGCUUGGUCCAGUGGGAGGCACAAAACUUUUUUUAGAACUAUGAGUCAAUUCAAGCCUUUAAAAGCCUGGCAUAUUCAUUUCUUUAUGUAAAAUAUUAUUUUGAUCAUUGGACAACAUUUUUUUUUUUACUUUUUUUUUUACGUUUUCAUGUGUGUGUUUUUUAAUCAUAUUUGAUACAUCAAACAUUGGCUGAUAUUUAUAUGGAAAAAGUAUAGCGUGUAAUGUAAAUCAGUGAGAUGUUUAUAAUAGUUUAUAGGACUACACAUAUAAUGUAAUGCAAUAUAAUGAUGAUUGAGAUUUGUACAAAUAAACAUUCUUCGAAA